AUGAAUCAGGUUCUCAAUAAUGGAGUGAAUAUUGGUAUUUCUGAUUCGGAGCGAUACAAAUUGACAUUUAUGCCGGAGGAGUACGCCCGAUUUGUAUACGGUGCCAAAUGCUACUACGCAGCUUGGUUCGUGUACAUGAGUCUAAUAUGGGCCCUCAAAGCCUGCACGUUGGUUCUUUUCAACCGCAUAACGCUCGGACUUUGGCAACAAAAGGUUGUUAAGUGGAAUGCAAUUUUUGUCGGCCUUAGUUAUAUUGCAAUUAUCUUAGCAUUCUGCCUGGAAUGUCGACCAAUUCAGGGUAACUGGCAAAUAUACCCGAAUCCAGGUCGGCAAUGUACAAACGAUUUACUCAACUAUUACUUGAUUGGGCCAAUUAACAUUCUGACCGACGCCAUUCUCCUCGUUGUUCCUUUUCCUAUUGUCAACAGAACAAAUAUUUCUUUCUCCAAGAAAAUUGGCCUUAGCUUGUUAUUAUCUUCUGGGGUAUUUAUCAUUAUCGCUUCUAGCCUCCGGUGGGCGAUAUCAGUCAAUGAUAUCGCUAACGUUAGCACUGGUGCUGCGUGGGCCAUACGCGAAGGUUUCAUCGCAACUAUAGUUGUUAAUCUGCCGCCUAUUUACACACUUUUUGCUCGACUUUCCAAGCGCGACAGCGAGCUUCUCAUCUUCGAACCUCCCGUCAACAAUGGGCGCUCAGUUACUACAUGUAUCGGUAUGCAGCGCGUCGAAUCCUCCCAGAAUAAUCACGAAGACUCCAAGAAUUUUAUUUUUGGGCUGGGAAGGAGAAGAAGUGACAGCAGUGAUAGUGGAAGUCUUGAUGCGAGGCGGGCCAGCGAGGGAAUUAAAAUCACUACAACAUAUGAGGUUGCGUAAUUUAUUAUUGUCGUUUACAACAAACAAGAAUUUUAUCAUUUGAUAGCGUUUGCACAAGGCUACCUUGAGCAGGGUUUGGGGGUUUCUGUUUUGUCACAAAUAAAAAAUGUUGUGGUACUUCUGAAGGAAUAGGCGAAAUAUGAAUUGUAGUUGCAAAUGACGACUUCUUAAGUUGAAUUAUGCCGGUACUUAUAGGUAUGGCGUUGUUCAUGCUAUUCUCAUAUUUUGAGCAUCUGCCAGUAGACACAUAAUACAAAGCGGCCAAUGUGUCCAGUGUUUGAGUUCUUCUGUUUAAUUCAGUAAUCAAUCGUUCAGGGCGCAAUAUUAACGUUUCCCUCCACGAUGAGCCUCAACGUCGGUGUUGUGAUCCUUUCGAACUGCAAAAAGGGUAAAAUUUGGCGCAAGUAUUGUUGGAAGAGAUACUUCAUGAUGUAUUCUGGCUCAUGUCAAGAUUUAUACACCCUGGCGCAGAUAUACUAUAGUAUAUUGUG